CCAGCAGCGGCAGCUCGUUCGGCUUUCCUGCGCCAGCGGCGGUGUGUCACCGAGGCUGGGCUGCUGCCGGAGAGAUCCGGACUCAGAGAAUAUACCCAACCAUUUAACGCAACCUGGCAAACGGGGCUGAGAGGCGAGUUUUGAACCUGAAUACAGUUUAGGCUGGACCCUGCGCUUCUUCUUGUCGCCUCCGCCCGUCCUCCUGAUGUCGGAUUUCAAGCUCGGGAUCGUACGGCUCGGCCGUGUGGCCGGGAAGACAAAGUACACACUGAUCGAUGAGCAGGACAUACCAUUGGUGGAGAACUAUGCCUUUGAGGCGCGCAUGGAAGUAGAUGCAGAUGGCAAUGGAGCUAAGAUCUUUGCUUAUGCUUUUGACGUUGGCAAAGGCCGCUGGGCAGGAAGGCCGCUGCACGAGCUGCUCUGGGAGAAGCACAGAGGAGGCAUCGCCCCUAGUUUUCAAGUUAUCCACAUCAACUCUGUGACGGUGGACAACCGACUAGACAACCUUCGACUGGUUCCAGUAGGCUGGAGCCCUAAACCAGAGGAGAUUUCCAGCAAGCAGAGAGAGCAGUCCCUCUACUGGCUGGCCAUCCAGCAGGUACCAGCCGACCCUGUGGAAGAGCAAUAUCUGGAGCUGAGUCGCACACGUUACUACAACGCAAAUGGGGAGCUGGUGGAGGAAGAGGAGUGUUCCUGCACCUACUACGAAUGUCACUACCCUCCUUGUUCGCUCAUUGAGAGGAGGCUGCGGGAGUUCAACAUAUGCGGCCGCUGCCAGGUGGCGCGCUACUGCGGGUCCCAGUGCCAGCAGAGGGACUGGCCGGCCCACAAGAAACAGUGUCGUGAGCGUAAGCGGGCGCUGGCCCUGGAGUCUGAGCCCGAGCGGUGAUCCGUCUUCAUCCUUGCUUGGAAGGGGAGAAGGAGGAUGAUCAUCGGGGAGGGA